AUGGUGUUGCAUGGAUGGCUCACUCGGCACUUGACGAGCCAGCGGCUGUUCUUGCUGGCGUUUGGGCUCUGGGCUCUGAAUGCCCGUGGGUCCCACGACGCGUCCCGGCCCAGGCGUCCAUCCGUUGCUUGCUUCCCGUCGACUCUUUCUCGGGGCGAGGGGAGGGCAACGGUACACUCCAAAACAGAAGAUCGCUUCGCCAGCUGCUGCCGCCGCCCGCCGCGGCUCUCCCGAACGUUCGAAUCCAACGGCUACUUUGACCGCCUACUUAAGCCCCGCCCCUCCGCCUCACCCAUCCUCCCCACAACCCCGCACGGCACCUCCCAGCUCCCCUCUCCUCGCCUCCUCAACCCGUCGAUCCAUCCCGAGCUCGUCCCGUCUCUUCCGAUGGCGUCCAGCGCGCUCCUCCUCUGCUCCCUCGUCGCCCUCGCCCUCGCGGCCGGCUCCGACGCCAGGGACCACGUCGUCGGCGGCGGCAAGGACGGCGCGUGGAGGGUGCCGCCCCCGGCGCAGCCCGACGCGCUCAACGACUGGGCCGGGAAGGCCCGCUUCCACGUCGGUGACAACCUCGUGUUCAAGUUCGACGCGGCGACGGACUCGGUGCUGGAGGUGACGCGGGCGGACUACGACCGGUGCAACACGGCCAGCCCCAUCGCCACCUACAAGGCCAGCGGCGCGGUCGUGCCGCUGCCGCCCAAGGGCGCCCGCUUCCGCUACUUCAUCAGCGGCGCCCCCGGGAACUGCCAGAAGGGCGAGCGCGUCAUCGUCCUCGUCAUGUCGGAGAAGCACGGCAGCCGGGUCCCGCCUGCCGCGCCGGCCCCCGCGCACUCCCCCUCCUCCUCCGCGGGGCUCGUGGAGGCGCCCGCCCACGCGCCCGCGCCCGCGCCGGCCACUGGCGCCGCGUGGAGGACGGCGUCCGGCAGCGGCUCCGUGGUCCUCGGCGCUCUCCUCGGAGCGCUGCUCGUCGUUGGGUUCUGAGUUCCUGUCGUUGCUUAGGAUCGAUCUUAGGGAGGAUUAUUUGAUUAGGCUCAAGUUAUUAUGGGCAUUGUUAAGAUUAGUGGACAGAUGUGCUUCUUCUGUCUGUAGAAGAAGAGAAGAUGAUUUCUUUCUGGCGCAAAAUCAUCGAUCAUAAAUGGCAAUAUCUUCUAUCUGAUAAAGCAAUCUUUGAGAUUUCAAGAUUUCUUAA